GUAGUGCUGCAAAACACAACAACAACUCGUUCUCUUCGGUUCGGAAUUUUCAUGUGCCUAUGCAAUUAAACGAUUUCGGCCGCUUACAGACAGCUGUAAGAUAAUAAGAGCAGUUAUCAGAUAAUCGAGCCGUUCGAGGGGCAGUUAAUGGACGCAGAACUCGAGUGCGCGGCUGUGUGAUACCUUCUUUUCGAUUGCCAAAACCCAAAAACCACAAAAAAAACGCCGAGGGACCUACGUAAAUGCCACGGCCAGAGAUUCGAGAUUCGCGAUUCGAGAUUCCCAGUGACGACAGGCCUGUCAAGUGCAGCAGGAGUCCCGAGUGAUACGCCAUAGGUGGGCCCCCCUGUAACUCACAGUCAGGAAUCCGGGAAUCCAGGAAUCCAGGAAUCCAGGCGGCAGAGCACUUGCAGCCGCGGUGGCGACCACACGGCGGCUGGGCAGCUGGGCUUCCUAGGAAAACCGAGGAGAGGCAACAGUUAAUUCGAGCAAUUCGAAUGGCAUUUGUUUGUUUCCACCAAACGACCAAAAGAUGAACAAUGAACAAACGCCGUCAUCAUCGGACACAUCGGCGGAUCGUGUGGGAGGAUCUGGAUCUGGAUCAGGUUCUUUAUCUGGUACUGGAUCCGAGUCAGCUAUCAAGCUGCCCAUUCCGGACACGCCCAUCGUCUCGAUUGCCGCUGGGACGAUGAGCGAGAGCACCACGACGACCACCGCCACCAAGACGACGCCGACGCCGUUCCCGCAGGAGCAGCUCAUCACCAUGAUGUCGGACCAUGUGGCGCAACUUGACGAGGCUUCUGUUAGCCAGGAGGCCAAGGGAGCAGUGGCGGCUACCAACCAUGUAGCAACCAAGAAGUCAUCAUCCCCCAGUAAUAGCCAUAGCCACGCUACUAACCACGCUGCAGCGGCAGAAGCUGGCAAAGAUUCAGGAGCAGCAGCAGCAGCAGCAGGAGGGGAUACAUUCUCGACCGUCUUCGCCAUGCUGAACGAUACGCAAGGCGAAGAGCUGUCGCGACCAAACCGCAGAGUCCUCCAAUACGGGGCCACUGCCAAGGGCAAGACCCAGGACGAUCAGAAUGUCGGCAAGCGACAGAAGAAGAAAAAGACAAAAUACGAUACCUGGGAAGAUAGCGAUUUUAAUGAUCUCGACGACGCAUCAUUGAAGAAACUUCUCGAGGAGGCAUAUUGGUAUCGAAAUCCUGGCGACAGGAAGAACAAGAGCGAGCGAUUUCUGCAAAUGCUCAAAAAGGCUGAGUACGACGAGGAGAUCUCUUAUCGUGCCAUCAAAUCCUGCCUCACACUCAACCCAUCCGCACUAGCGUCCAGUGCAGCAGCGGCGGCAGCAGGCUCGAGCGGCGGGGGCAGCAGCAGUGCAGGGCACAACAGCGGCUACAGCUCCACCUCCACCUCCACCAAUCACCGGUCGACGGAUCCCGGCCAGCAGCGGCACAAGCAGGGCGGCUCCCUGCAGGAUCUCGUCGAGGCGGCGCACCGCAGUGAGCUGGCCACCACCUCGGCGGCGGCGGCUGCAGCGACGGCGGCGGCAAGCCAACGUUUCAACUGUGAUUACCAGCUGAGUGGCCGCUCCAAUCGCCGCCAGCAGCAGCAGCAGCAGCAGCACAACCAAAACGCCACCUCCUCCGCAACUGCAUCCGCAUCUAAGAAGAUCAAGAACUCAUCCGUCUCGGGCCGGCAGCGCGAAGGAGGCAGCCUGCCCAGCAGCGUUAACUUUGAGCCGGCAGCUGCCAUGGAUGCCAAGCAGCAGCAGAAGCAGCAGCAGCAGGAGGGAUCCGGAUCAUCGGCAGCAGGUGGCAGCAAGAACCACAGCUGCAGCAGCCUGCCCAGCCAUCUGGGCGAUCGGGAUCCCGAGGCGGGCAUCCAGUUCGACAUGGACGAGGACGAGGCGACGGGCGGCGUCGCCAUUAGCGGCGUCCCACACGACUACCUGUUGGAGCAAUUGGAGCCCCAGAAUCCCUCGAUGACGUUCCUGCUCGACGCCCUCAGUGGCCAGCAGCCCAAGCAGCCGAAGCAGCCGGCGGAGGCCCGGGAAGGCGGUGCCGCCAAAGAGUUCCUAAUCGACGACCCGCUGCACUUCUCCGUCCUGGAGGUUUCGGCCAGGAGCCAGCUGCAGCAGCAGGCCCACUAUCUGGCCGCCCUAACCGGGCAAUUCGGUCUCGGGCUGGAGGAGCAGAAGCGCAAGGUGGAGGCCGGCUAUGUGUCGCUCAACGACAACUACACGGCCUGCUCCUCGGUUUACGGCGGCGGCGCUGGUUCGCCAGCUGCCAUCGAGGGCAGCAAGCCCUCGACUUCCUCCGCGACCUCUUCCGGCGGCAGCAACUGCGGCGGCGGCGCCUCCUCCUCCUCCGACGCGCUCUCCGGCGAGCUGCGUCCCGCGAAGAUUGGACGCAUGGUCGCUGGAGCAGCGUCGACGGCAGCUGCGUCGAUGGGUGGCAAGGCCACAACGCGCCAGCUGGACGAGAAUGGCAAUGCCUUGAGCGAUGGCUUUGGAGGAGCCACUGGAGUGGCCACCAGCAGCAAUGGAAACCAGUUCACGGCCUUGAUAACCACCACAGUGGGCGGCAGUGCCACCACCUCCUCCUCGUCGGCCGCCCACCGUCAGAAUAGCGUGUCCACGCUGCUCUCCACGGGCACGAACACCACCACCACGGCCAUGGCAGCCGCAGCGGUGGCUGCAUCCUACAGCCAGCUGCAACAGGCGCCCAGCGGUGGAGCUGUUGCUGCCGGGCCGGGAAUAGGCAUUGGCAUCCAGCAGAAUCCCACCAAGCAGAAGGCCAAGAAGAAGUCGCAGCAGGAGAGGAAUACGACCACCGUGGACGUGGAGUCGGUGGCCGGCUAUCGGGGCAACGAUCCCGUCGAGCAGCUGGUCAAGUACAUCGAGAACGAUGUGAAUGGCGGAGGCGGGAACACUGCAGCGGGGCAGCGCAAGAAGGAGCGCAAGAAGCAGAACAAGCUCAAGAAGAGCAACUCGCUGGAGGAGCUGCGCAGCUGCUCGAAAAUGGAGGUGGACGAUUUGAAGCGCCAGUCGGCGACCACGGAGAUGAUGCGUCAGAAGAAGGGCCCAAAUAAUGCUGGCCCAAGCGGCACUUCCUCCUCCGCCGCCGCCGCCGGUGGCAAGCACAAUUCGGCCUCCGUGGCGGACAUAAACAAGAAUUGCAACAAGGAGCAGCAGCAGGUGCAGGUGCAGGUGCGGAAUUCGAGCAGUAAUCCGGGCGGAACGCAGCAGCGGAAGGGCGAGCGGCGAUCGUGGGGCACCGAGGAGCUGCAGUACCUGGGCGACCGCCAGGAAAUGUCUGCAGCCUGGUCGGAACCCGAAUCCCUGGCCCAGAAGCCACUCACUUCGCUGCCCGCCUUAACGCGCAUGUCCGAGCUGGACGCCCUGAACACUGUGCUCUCCGAAACGGCCGAGUUCCAUGUGGUGACCAAGAAGAAGAAACCAAAGAAGCAACGCGCCGUCACCAUGGACGAUGCGGCGGUGGCGGUGGCGGCGGCGGCCACCACGGGUGGCAAUUUGCAGCGCAUGCAGCAGAUCACCAAGUCGGCCUCCUCGAACAUGAUGUCCCAGCGGAUGCACUACUACACCAGUAGCAACAACAACGGAGGAGGAGCAGGAGUAGCUACCUACAAGCAGCAGCAGGAGCACUACCAGGCGCAGCAGGGCCAGCACCAUCAUCAUCAUCAUCAUCACCACCACCAUCAUCACCAUCAUGGCGGCUCGGCGGUUUCCAAUCAGGUGGAUGGAUCGCGUCGCAAGUCCACCUCCUCCAUGCCGCCGUCGGAGAAGUCCGACUCCAGUGAUCUCGACUCGGUCCACUCGCUGCCCAUCCAGACGGGCAAGAAGAAGAGCCUGGGCGGCGGCGGCGGCAACAACAAGCAGCGGGCGGCGCAGGCCGCCAGUCAGCGGCAGGCGAAGCAAAAUAAUAGCUCACCGGCGCCCAUUUCGUAUGCGGAUAUUGCGCGCAACAAGCAGGAGGCUUUGAACCAGGCCGCGGCCAGCGACACGGAACUGGAGCUCAAGGGCAGCAAGUCCAAGUCGCGGCCCGACUUUCCAGAGCUGCCAGCAGGGAAUCAGCAGCAGCAGCAACCGAUCGUUGUCAGCAAUCAAAAUACGGCGCCGUCCUCGUCCAGUUCGAUUAGCUACUCGCAGAGCCUGAAUGCCACGCCCGCCAGCAGCAGCAGCGAUGCGGAGUCGCUCAACUCUCCAGAGCUCCAAGUGGUAGCCUGCAGCCUGGCCACGUCCACGAGCAGCUGCGGCAGCGGCAGCAGCAGCAGCAGUUCCAGCGCCAGCACCUCCUCCACAGCCUCCUCCUCCGCCUCGCCGCCCGCGCUGCAGAAGUCGAAGAGCGUGGAGCACGACGCCAGCUACAGCUGCACAAGCAGCAACCUGGACCAGCAGUAUCCGGCGCUGGAGAAGACCGUCAAGCGGCACAGCACCAACAAUGUGUCCGUGGCCGUCGCCUCCUCCUCGGCUUCGCUGUACAACUUUGCAGCGGCAGCCAAGCAGCAGCUGGCGGAGAAAGCCGCUGCAGCAACAACUACUACCUCAACUGCAGUUUCAGUUCCAGCUGCUCCUGGUUCGUCCUCGACUCCCUCGCCUGCUGUCAAGUUGAAGGCCAAGCCAAAGGAGCUGUCUCCCAGCAGCAGCAGCAGCAGCAAGAAGCCUCCUAAAGAGGAGGCGACGUCGUCUUCGUCCAAGGCGACCAUUAGCACCAGCACCACGACCACGACCACGCAAAAGACCACGGCUGCCACGCAGACCGAGGGAGCCAAGAAGCUCAGCAGCAGUAGCUGCAUUGCCAAGGGAGCCGGUGCCGUUUUGGAGGCCACCGCCGGCAGGAGGGCGGUGAUUAUACUCAACGAUGAUCGCGAGGCGGGCAGGAGCAACAACGAGUUCAUUUUCGGGGACUUUAACGAGGAUGAGCUGAAGCUGUUCGACGAUAAUUUAGAGGAUGAAGUGCAGGCCGCGAAUAAGCAGCAGCAAACGGAGGCGGAAGAUGAGGCGGAAGAUGCAGAUCAAACAGAAGUGGAGAGCCGGGAAAAGGAAUCGCAGCAGCUGAAUGAUUCGGGGGCCGCUUCAGAUGCAGUCAACAGCUCGGCCAGCCUGGAUAUGCUCUCGAUUUCGGCGGAGACGGGACAAUCGUCGCCGAGCGCCGCCAGUCUGAUUAACUCGUCCACGCCCUCGGGCUCUUCGUCCGCGUCGGCCAGCACCUCCACCUCGUCGUCCUCGAUUUCGUCCUCCUCCUCCUCGGGCAGCAACGGCAACGGCGCCGCCUGUCUGGCCUCCAUUUCGGGCAUGCUCGGCCAAUCAGUGGCCAAUCAGUCGGGGGAUAGCGGCAUCUAUGCCGCAGCCAAUACGUCCAUCAAGGAGCAGGUCAACAAUUUCCUCAGCAAGGCGAGCAGCAGCGAGGAGACGCUGCCGAGCACCAACUCGAUUUCGAUGCAGCAACUGGAGACGUGCAACGACAUUGAGGCGGCCAUCAUAGCCGCCGCCCGUGCGGCAGCCGCUGCCCGGAGCACCAGCUGCAGUCGCAGCAACUCGCAGGAGCAGGAGCAGCAGGCCAAGACAAUUAGGUCGAAUUCAAAUACAAAUUCAAAUCCCAAUCCCAAUCCGGAGACGAAAGUAGCCCUGCCCGUGUUUAUGAACUACAACGACGACGACGAAGAGGACGACGAGAGCUUGCAGGAACUGAGCUUCAUGGCGGACCUUAAGGAUGCUGCGGCCACGACGUCCGCGGAGGCGGAGGCUCAGGAGGUUACUGUGCUGCCGCCGCCGCCGCCCUCGCGACCGGCGAUGAUGACCAACACGGAACUGAUUGUCGACUACAUCGCCAACACCUGGAAUGCCAUUGCCAAUAGCAAGUAUGUCACAUACUACAACGAGCGGGAGCAGGAGACCUAGAAAUCAGAUCAGCAACAGCAGCAGCAGCAGCAACAGCAACACCAAUCGCAAUAGCAACGUCAGCAAUAUCGGCAGCUGAGAACAGGAGAGAGGAGUUUAGUUCGAAUUGCAUGUUCCGAUGUUUAUAUUUCACUUUUUUUUUUUUUACUUUGUGCUGGGCCAUCGUUUAUACAUCUACCGAUAUCGUACAUACACUAUAAAUAAUUGCUAUAACAAUACGCUUUUAUGCUAAUUAAUGUAACGAAUCAAUGGAUUCGAGCGCGGCAGCGGAGGAUCAGGAUUGUCAGGAUUGCAGGAUUGUCAGGAUUGUCAGGGUGUGUCUGUGUUUCCAGUAUGAAUGCGAGCGAGUGCCUGAGAUUAGGAGUAUAGGAUCUAUUUAGAUGCAGGUCGAUAAUCGCCAGGAGAAGAUCGAACACGAACCCUCAAACCGUUCGUACAGCUGUGAAUAAGAAGGGAAACAUUACUAGGAAAGAGGAAAUUAGAAGAGAAAGUAAUCAGAAGAUCAGAGGAUCGAAAACAAGCUACAAGUGGAUAUUUAUUUAACGUUAGUUGACCGCGAUUUAACGAUGCGAUGCAUAGUGAUGUUCAAUCAAGCAUUUGGAUCUGCUUUUGUUAAUUUACAACCUUCUGGCUCCUUAAAACGCAACGUUUUACCAUUACUAUUACUAUUACUGUACUUUAAUUAUUAUUACUACUAUUACGCAAGCGUUUUUUUUUGUCUUUGUUUUUUAAACGCCCCACGAGAUCAUCGGAGGGCGUGCUAUAUUGCAAAAGCAGAAAUUAAAACUAAUCCUAGUUCUUAGACAGAGUCAACGUCGCGUGUACAUAUAUAUAUGAGACCAGAAGUUUAGGAGGCAGUUCGACCAUUGAGUUUAUGUGUUAGAGAGAGGAAAGAAAGAAAGAAAGAAAGCCCCACGGAAAAUAUUUGAUAUGUGUGUGUAUGAUAACGACUAUUUAAAGUAAACUAUGUAAGGCCCGCUCCUUAGCUCCGGCUAGCCAUAAAUAAGCCUCAUGAGGAAAGUAUGUUAGACAGCAUAACCGCAAAACAGAAAACAGAAAACCACAAAAAACCAGCAAAAACACUAAAAACUAUUAUGCACUUACGAAAAAUGCCGCCGUUUAGCAGGGAGAGCCUCAGAAGGUCUCUCCGAAGGGUAAAAAAUAAAAGAAGGAUAGUAGAUAUCGUAACCAUUAAAACAGAAAAUCGUAAAAAAACCAUACAAAAAAAUAACAAAAAAAAAGUUGAAGAGCAAAUGAUUUUGGAGACGGAGAAACAAAAUAAACGUUAAGUGAACUCGUAGCAUAAAAAGCGCAACUAAAUUGCUAUAUCUAGGAAUAUACAUUAUAUACGCGCAUCUAUUAACGUAACCUUUUUUUUGAUAAUGCAAAACGUUAACCGUUUAAAAUCGAGUAAUUAAGAGCAGGUAAACAGUUUAGUGUGAACAAAGUGUCAGAAUAAAAAUUAGAGAAACAAUACAGAAGUGAAAUUAUCUAGCGAGCGAAUCGAGGAAACCUAUUUAAAGCUAAUCAUUAAAGAACCCGAUCUGGAACGCCUACUCUUUAAGACCGAAUAAACAGAACAAACAGUGCGAAAUGUUUUCAAAUCUAUGUGAAACUGUUUUGCUUCAAUUGGAAUUUUAUGUGCUGUAUAUUUUGAGAAUAAACGUAAAGUAAAAUACCGAUAAAAAAAAG